GACGGAGGUGUCUCUCUCUCAGAUCAUGGAGCUACUCCCACACUGUUGGCUAUGUGGUUGUGGGCUGUGAGCCAUGGGCUGAGGAAAGGCUGGACCACUGUGUCCCCAUGGCCAUGAUGGUGGUCUGUGCUGCUCUCCUCUUGACAGAGCCUUGCGAUGCUGUGUGCUGAUGGAGUGAGAUGGCUAGAGAAACCUCAGCGUGAGUUACAGCAGAAGAAGUAGUUCCUUUUCAUGUCAGUUGUAACUAUACUUCAUAGCCUGGGAAGUGAGGCACAGGGGAGAACAGGGAAGUUCACACAGGGCAUGCGUGGCAAAGUGCAUCAUCACCAGAGAUCCCCUACAUUCCCCCCUCCAGCUCACAAUACAGCUGUGGUGGUGGCUUGGGUGCAAUGAGGGAGACAAAAUUCCUCAGGAUCUGCAUCCCAGCCUUGGCCUGAGCAUGCUGGCAUCUGGAGGAAGGAAUCAAGAACAGCAAGAAAAGUAACUGGCCAAGAGUGUGUGGUGGCCUCUGUAUAAAGCAACUCUUGAGUCUGUGCUAGGAUUUGUGUAGCCAGUUCCUUUGCCAUCGGAAAGAUGCAUCACUAUUAGAUGCCAGACCAGUUGCCAUCUGUGCUAAGCUGCAACCAAAAUGGCUAAGUACAGGCUUGUUCUUCUAAGACAUGGGGAAGGAGCCUGGAACAAAGAGAAUCGAUUCUGCAGCUGGGUGGACCAGAAACUGAGCAGCGAUGGGAUAAAGGAAGCUCAGAACUGUGGCAAACACCUUAAAGCGCUGGGCUUUGAGUUUGACCUCGUCUUUACUUCUGUACUCAGCCGCUCUAUCCAGACUGCAUGGCUUAUCCUGCAAGAGAUGGGCCAGGAGUGGGUUCCCAUUCAGAGUUCCUGGAGAUUGAAUGAACGUCACUAUGGUGCACUGAUCGGUCUCAACAGAGCAGAAAUGGCCCUGAAUCAUGGGGAGGAGCAAGUGAAAAUAUGGAGGAGAAGCUAUGAUGUUACCCCACCUCCCAUUACUGAAUCUCAUCCUUACUAUGAAGAGAUAUACAAUGAUCGUCGGUAUAAAUGCAGUGAUGUCUCUCAGGAUAAUCUCCCAAAGGCUGAAAGUCUAAAAGAUGUGCUUGAUAGACUCCUUCCCUAUUGGAAUGAAAAGAUAGUGCCAGAACUGAAAAGUGGCAAAAUGAUCCUGAUCUCUGCUCAUGGUAACAGCAGCAGGGCAUUGUUGAAGCAUGUGGAAGGUAUCUCUGAUGAGGACAUCAUCAAUGUUACUCUGCCCACUGGUGUGCCUAUACUUCUUGAACUUGAUGAGAACCUGCACCCUCUGGGCCCUCACCAGUUUCUGGGUGAUCAAGAAGCUAUCCAAGCUGCUAUCAAAAAAGUGGAAGAUCAAGGGAAAGUAAAAUCUGCUGAGAAAUAAAAUCGCACUGACCAACGCAGCUGUUUACAAAGUGUGGUAAUAAGUCAUGAUUUAUGUAUAUGACUGCUAGGUUGCACUGAGUGAAAGUCUCAAUUUCAAGCACUAACUAGUUGGAAGGGACAGUUUUUGAGUCUCAGGUUAGUAGAUUAACCCUCUUUCAAAAACCGGAAUUUAAAUCUCAGCAUGAGGUUAUGGAUUCUGAAAAAAGAAAUCAAGAGAUCAUUCGGGUAAUGGAAACUGGCCGGGCAUUCUGCCCCAGAUGUAGAAUUGAGGGUCGCCCAGUACUGAAAUAAAGGGAUAUGUUAUUGGUGUCUACCAAUAGUCUGUCCUGAUCUGUUUAGGAGAAAAACACCAGCUUACUGGACUAAGUCCAUGUUGUUACAGGCACUAAAACUUUCUUGCUAAUACAAUGGCACCAGGUGACAGAGUUACCCUGUAUUAUUCUUCUCUGUCAAAGGCCAAGACAAUUCGUUCCGGAUGUUUCUUCAGUCUUUCAGAACACUUUCAGCUGUACAACUCUUUGCCUUUAAUACUUUGAGUAUUCCAAGGCCAGUUCAUGGUCUUGAGAAAAAUUUUGUAGGGGUGUUCAGACUGUUAUAAACUGUCUUUUGUUAUACUAUAUUCCAGUUUUUAAGGAAUCCUUUUUCCUCCACCAUCUUUGCAAAGCAUGGCAUGAUUGCAUUUUGCUAGCUUGCAAUAAUAGGAUUUAACUCAGACUUCAGUCCACAAACCAGGCACAAAGGUCUCCUCCUCAAUUUUAACUUAUCACUUAGCUCUUAAAGAGUGACAUGAAUAGCUUUGAAACACUUCAGGAGUGUCUAGUAGAGGCUUGAGCAUCACUUAAUCAAAUUGUUGGAAUAAUUUCUGUUUACCUCAGUAUAACUGGAUAUAGGACCCCCCUAGCUUUCCUGAGUUACAAAGAUCUCUUGAUGAAUAUGCUCCACGGUAAUAUUACUGUGGCCUUCUCUGUACCAGUUUUUCUGGUGAGCUGGAAGAGAUGUGUAAGGCAUGUAGGUGCGUCUCUUCCAGCCAUCAUGCUAGCAGGGAAGGAUAUUCUGGCAUUCCUGAAAGUGUUCUGUAAAACUCCUCACAAUCAUAGCUUGAUUCCUGCUGAGUGUGGCCUCGCUGUUGUGUUUGGCACUAAAUUUGAAUGCUUCACACUGUGCUUAGGUGUAGUAUAGCAUGUACUGCAGUUUAGUGUUCUCUAUCCACACAAGCAUCAGGGUAAUUCCACUUCUGAAGACUUGCUCUAAUCCUACUUGCAGAUAUGAAGCUAUUACUUAAAUUUAGAUCAGACCUAGUGUCUCAACACCUGAGCAUCUGUAUUCUGACCUUAGUUACCAACACGGGCAGCACAUUUGUAUGUAGUGUUGGCAGCGUAACUCAGUUACAAAUCUCAAGAGAAGUUGAUGAGAAUUCCCUUUUAAAAUCCUGGAGUAGUUGGUGCUUUGCAGUGAGCAGUUCUGUAGCUCAUGAUGUGGUUUGUUUUUUUUUUUUCCCUUUGAGGGCAGCAGUGUGACAAUGUUGUGUGCCUCUGACAUCUCCCUGCCACAUGGAAGUAGACUUUCCAGGCCUGCUGGCUUGCAAUAGUGUGGCAUAUACUCCUUAAAAGACCUCAUACUAGAUGGUAGUUUCUCUUCUAUGAACAAUGUUUGGGCUUCUUUUUGGUUUUGUUUUUGUAGCCCUUUCAGUAGGCACAAAGUUACAUGUUUCUCUUUCACACCUAAAGCUGGUAGGUUUCUUUGUACAAUCAAGGAUAUUUCAGUAUUAUUGUUUCCUCUGAAAUACUAUUAGCAGUUUCCUGACUACCCUAGUUGACACUGACUUAUUCCUUUGUGGGUUUUUAGUUUUCUGUGCAUAGAGUAACUCAGAAUCUUAGCUGAUACUCUACAAACCAGUGUUAUGGAGUUAGAUUGUUGAUCAGCAAAUAUUCAUACAUCAAUGCCCUGAGGAGGGCCACCGGCACUCAAGUGGUUAGAUUCUUCCCAAAAACAUCAAUAAUGUGUGAAUUUCAGUGUUGAGUGAAAAAUUACAGUAGAUUUAUUAACAAGACAAGUUCACCCAUGUGUUGUCAGUGGGAACCGCAAGCAUCCAGAUGCGUGGGCUUCUAGGCCUUGGCUAUCAGUGUCCAUAUCUCUUUGGCAUUGUGAUAACAUAGAAAUUCUACAGGGCUUGAGAUGCAGCUGUUAUAUCCUUUGAAAGGAACCCAGCUGAACUGUGAGAUAUGCCCUCUCCUCUCCUUCUUUUAGAGAGUUCAUGAUUUCUUCUGGGGAUGGAGUGGGGAAUGGAAAGGUGGGUGAGUGAAUGUAGAGAGCAUAAAUAUUUCUUCUUGCAGCUGAAUGGAUGAAAUUGAUGGAAAACAGCCUUUCAAGAGGUCACAGACAAUAAAAAACAAGUGUCAUAUUUUCAGGUGGCACUGCUUCUGUAGUGCAGUUUGAGACGUGAAUAGUGACAGUGCCUUGGGAAGAUUGACUUCAUUUGCUUUAGUUGUGUCUCCAAAGUGAUGACAGGAUUUUCUUUGCACAUCUGGCAGCAAUACCACCUUGCAGAAAUAUUGGAUGGAAACAACUGGGGAUUUCGUUGUGCUCUUUAACGUUAUUUUGACACCUUGCCAUGCUUGCUUGUGAAUGGCAUUUUUAAUUAAAUUCCUGAUACAUAAAACAUGUACUGAAGAAGAGAAACCAGCUUCCAUCAACAGUGGCAUAAGGAUGCCUGUUCUUCAGACACAGCAACAUUAGAGGGAGAAAUGAGGGUCAUCUUGGUGGUAUUAAAAAUCAGUGUUGGAAAACAAUUCCCCUAUGUUUGAUUGAGUAUGCCUAAAAGUCCUGUAAGGUAACGGGUAUUUCUACAGCUGACAUUACGGAUGUGAUUGAUUUGGUUUGUUUAUGCAUUUUUAACUUGUGGUUCAGUAGCAGUGAUAGCUCUAGAAUCUCUUGAAAACCUUUGUAAAUAUGGUGGAGCUGGCAGGUUCUUUAACUCAAUAAAUUAAUCUGAAAUAGAAAUUAA